GGUUGGACAUUGAUACAAUUUAGGUUGUGAGAAUACCUCAUCCGCUCUCGAACCAGCAGAAAAUCUCGCGGUUGAGUCGAGGACUGUGUUUUCUGUGCUCAUCAAGGCCAUGUGGAGCAGGGACAGGGAGCCAGAGGAUAUUCAUAAUUACAUGGAAGCGUACUGUGCGGUGUAUUCCUAUUGCACCCGUCUGAGACCGCGAUACCUUCAUACCUUCCGUGGGGACAUCGUGAAUUGGACCACAGAACUGCUGUACUACUGUCUUGAGGAUCAUUUCAAGCAACAGCUAGCUGAAGUGUGUGCCGCUGUGAAACAUUUGAACUGGCCAGAAAACCUGGAAUUUUACACCCGCACUGGGUCAAAAGGGAACAGAGAAGCUUCUUUCAAUAUGAAGAGGAAUAUAAACAUCCUGUCGAAUAUCCGUUAGGUUAUGAAAAGCUCCUGCUUUUUGUCUGGACAUCGACUUUCCUCGAUGAAAAACGAGGCAUAGCCGACCUUUUCUUCCAAGUCGUGCAAGCUGCCUGUAAGUCUCAGGUCGAUGACCCAACAUUGGCCGCAGGAAUGCCUCUGACGGCCUCGA